AUGACACCUUCUGCCGUCGGCCAUCGCCGACUAUGGCCUAUACUCAUUGCUUUCACAAUAUUCGCUGUUUCUAAUCUUAUUGCUGUUUCGGCUGAAAAACCUUACAUCUAUUCUUCACCACCACCGCCUUCUCCUUCUCCACCACCACCGCCUUCUCCUUCGCCUCCACCACCUUAUGUGUACAAGUCUCCACCUCCACCUUCACCUUCUCCUCCACCACCUUAUGUGUACAAGUCUCCACCUCCCCCUUCACCUUCUCCUCCACCACCUUAUGUGUACAAAUCUCCACCUCCACCUCCACCAUCCCCGCCACCACCUUAUCUGUAUAAGUCUCCUCCUCCGCCGGUACAUUCUCCACCCCCACCAUACUACUACAAAUCUCCACCACCACCUGUCAAGUCACCACCACCACCACCAUACUACUACAAGUCACCUCCUCCACCAGUACAUUCACCACCACCACCAUACCAUUACAAAUCUCCUCCUCCACCGGUACAUUCACCACCACCACCUUACUACUACAAGUCUCCUCCUCCCCCGGUACAUUCUCCACCUCCGCCAUACUACUACAAGUCCCCACCUCCACCUGUCAAAUCACCACCACCACCACCACCAUACCAUUACAAUUCUCCUCCUCCUCCUGUACAUUCUCCACCGCCACCUUACUACUACAAGUCCCCACCGCCACCGGUCAAGUCACCACCACCACCAUACCACUAUAAUUCUCCUCCUCCCCCGGUGCAUUCUCCACCACCACCAUACUACUACAAGUCCCCACCACCACCCGUGAAGUCACCGCCACCACCAUACUACUACAAGUCUCCUCCCCCACCAGUACAUUCUCCACCACCGCCAUACUACUACAAGUCUCCUCCCCCACCGGCACAUUCUCCACCACCUCCAUACUACUACACUUCUCCGCCACCACCAACCAAAUCACCUCCCCACUACUACUACACUUCUCCUCCACCACCAACUCCCUACCACUCCUACCCUCACCCUCACCACCACAAAGUAAUCGUGAAGGUGGUCGGUAAAGUUUACUGCUACAGCUGCUAUGACUGGAAAUACCCAGUUAAAUCCCACGCCAAGCACCACCUCAAAGGUGCUGUCGUGGAGGUAACAUGCAAGGCUGCUGGUGAAAAGGAAAUUGUUGCAUAUGGAAAGACAAAGAUCAAUGGCAAAUUUGCAAUUACUGUUGAGGGUUUGGAUUAUUCCAAAUACGGAGGAGCCAAGGCUUGUAUUGCUAAGCUUCAUAUGCCACCAAAUGGUACUACUUGUAACAUCCCAACAAAUCUCCAUGGAGGUUUGAAGGGUGCUAAGCUUAAGGUCAAGUCCAAGAAUGCUCACCUAGUUGUCCUUUACGCUAAACCAUUUGCUUACGGUCCCAAGACUCCUUACAAGAUUUGUGAGAAGCCAAAGCCAACACCGACUCCGUCGCCUCCCCCACCAUACCACUACACCUCACCCCCACCACCGACAAAAUCUCCUCCUCCACCGUACCAUUACACAUCCCCUCCACCACCUAUAAAAUCGCCCCCUCCACCAUACCACUACUCUUCACCCCCACCACCUAAAAAGUCACCACCUCCACCAUACCACUACACAUCACCACCACCACCUACAGAGUAUCCUCCUCCACCAUACCAUUAUACAUCACCCCCACCACCUGUGAAAUCACCUCCCCCACCAUACCGCUACACAUCCCCUCCACCACCUACCAAGUCUCCUCCUCCACCAUACCACUACACAUCGCCCCCACCACCUACAGAAUCUCCUCCUCCACCAUACCACUACACUUCACCCCCACCACCUAAGAAGUCGUCUCCUCUUCCUUACCACUACACAUCACCUCCACCACCAGUAAAAUCAGCUCCAUCACCCGUAUACAUCUACACUUCUCCUCCACCGCCAGUUCAUUAUUAG